AUGCCUAGCGAUGCGGUUGCAAAGAACGCCGAGAGGGUUGCAUUGCCUCUGCUACCAACGCGUCACCAUACACCGUACGCUUAUGCGACUGCCAAGCCCACAUCACACUGCAGUCGGACGGGGUUGACGAUGAUGAUGAUGAUGUGUGUAUCUCAAAGCAUCAGCGGCAAAGCGAUGGUCAACGGCAACUCUGUGGAGACGGCUUGGCUUCAUUUGACGCCGGUGUUCCUUGGAGAAGCAGGGAUGAUUGCGGAGAGAUUAAGUGACCUGCUUAGCUGGCACUUGCUUACUGCGGCGACGGUCACGUUGGCGCUUUUGGAAUUCGGUCGGAAUUCCUCUCUCCCUUUGACCCGUCUUGCUCGUCGUCUUGUUCAUCUUGCUCCUCCAUCUACUUUUCCUCCUCCAUCUACUUCUCUUUACCUCGCUCCUCCAUCUACUUCUCUUUACCUCGCUCCUCCAUCUACUUCUCUUUACCUCGCUCCUCCAUCUACUUCUCUUUACCUCGCUCCUCCAUCUACUUCUCUUUACCUCGCUCCUCCAUCUACUUCUCCUCCAUCUACUUCUCUUUACCUCGCUCCUCCAUCUACUUCUCUUUACCUCGCUCCUCCAUCUACUUCUCUUCACCUCGCUGUCGAUCAACACCAAGUUCCGCGUUCACCCUGCUCUUUCUCGGCUUCAGCCUUUCUCAUCGACUCAACGCGACUCAAUCAUCCGACGUGCACGACCCUCUCGUAG